UUUGACUUUGCAUCCUCCAGUGAUGGAGACACAAGCUUGCACCUUGUCACUGAGCUGAGAAGCCACCGCUAGGACUGGGACCUGGGCUCCUCCAGCCACAGAAAGCUGGCGUUUCACCUCACCGAGCAUGGGAACCUGCCUGCCACCGCAGCUGCGGGAGUGAACGCUGCUUCUCUCUCACCGGUCCCUACUGACGACAAACAAGGCUGAACCUAGACAGUGGAUGACAUCUGCCCCUGUGUCUUCUGGCCGGAGCCUCUGUCUGCCCCGCCCCCCUGCCGGGGCCUGUUGCCUGCCAGCCGCUCCGUGGUGGAGCCCGGUGAUGGUGGGCCCGGCUCAGUGUAGAGCGGCACCUCAAGUCCUGAACCCCUACUUGAGAGCAAAAGGCUGUUCUGCUGUGGGAAAGGAGCGUCAGGCACCAGCCAGCACUGGGGCUGACACUGGGGCGGUGGUGAGGAAACCGAGGCCCACAGAGAUGAAGUGAUGUGUCCGCCUAGCAAGAGGCGAGGUCAGGGUCCGAACUGACCAGUGCCCGUAACCAGUGAUGGCAGGAACACGGUGUGGUGUGGCCCCUGCUGGUCCAUAGCAUCAGUAAAAUCAAACAACCAACCUCAGCAUGGAGGUUUCCAGCCUAGCCCCGGCGCUGGUGCUGAUGCGGAGCCCCGGAAUGGGCGCCCUUUGUGAGGUGGCCCUGGGAGUUGGCAGCAGCUUCCGCCCUUCUGCCGGGGGAGGGGCGGGCAGAAGCCUGGAGCAGGGACCCAAGUGGAAGAUGGUUCUCGCCAUGCGGGGGGCUCUGUCCCCCAGGGCCGCGCUGAGCCUCCUCCUCCUCAACCUCAUCCUGGCCGCUGCGCUCCUCCGCCCCCAGCCGCUAAGGCCUCAGCGAUCUGUUCCUGAGGAAUUUUCAGCCCCCCUGGAACUCUCGGAGCCACUUUCUGGCCUGGUGGACGACUACGGGGUGCGACCCAAGCACCCAUGGCCACGAGGGCCUCGACCCCUUCUCUCCCGGGCCCAGCAGCGCAAGCGGGACGGGCCAGACAUGGCUGAGUAUUACUACGAUGCACGCCUGUGACGGGAACCCCUUAUAAAGCUAUUCUUUGUAGCAAUGGCUUGGGCUUUCCUGGGAUGGAAACGAGCUGGGCAAGGGAGGGGGUCCAAGUAGACAGGCAGAUGAGACCCACUGUGGUCCCGACAGGAAAUGGCACUUUAAUAGUUGUGGCCAGCAUAACAGGACCGAGAUGGGGCUACCGCUGAAGCAGCCAAGGGGCCUGGCUGGCCCGGGCCGGGGCGGAAGCCUCCUUUUCCUGCUGAGGCGGGGCCCCGCUGCGGCGCUCUCCCUCCCUGUGAGGCCGCACCCCUGCCAGGGGCCGGCAUGCCGGUGAGGCUGGUGGUAGGAGCCAUCCAGAGGCCGCACAAGUGACAGGGCUGGGGACAGGGACUGCACUCGCACCUGCUGCCGUUCUCCUUGCUGCAAAGUCCUCGGGAGGUGGCUGGGUUCAGCCUGAGCUCAGGGCCCUUCGGUUGGGCUUGGGAGCUGGGGGCGGGGGUGGGGUGGGCACUCGCAGGUGGCAUGAGCUUUGUCGAGGCGGGAGCCAAUGGCCGGAGGCCCAGAGGCCCUGGCAGGGAAAGUGAGGGAGGCCCAAGAUAGGCCAGAACCCUCCGCUCCGAGGAUGGGCACCCUUCCUGGCCAGAGGCUUAAUACCACCCCCCAGCCCCACUCCCUCCCAAUCCCUGGGCAGCCCACUCCGUCCUCCAUAGAUGAAUCUGAUCCCAUAUAUUACGAUAAACUGCAUUUGCUUCUCCCCAUAACCCCCGCCCUCCCCCAACCUCAGCCAACAGCCCCCCACUUCCCCAUCCUCUGGUAGUGGCAGGUGCCCCUCCUCAAGCAGUGCCAUGUCCUGUCAGCAGCCAGCCGUCCUGGCGCCGGCCCCAGGGCCCAGGGGAUGCAGAGGGCGAGGCAGCGCUGCUACUCCAGGUAGAUAUCUUCUGUGGGGCAGGUGUACUCCACGAACUGCUUGUAGAACUGCUGGAACGCUCUCCUAGGAGGCAGGCAGACACACCAGAAUGACUGGGGAGGAACAGGAUCUCGACCCAGGGUUUUCACACAGGAGCCUUGGGGUACCCGGAUGGGGCUGCGCCUCCCCCAGCCAGAGCUGCUCGGCUCUGUUCUCUGCACACAGUGUUUCCUGAGUGAGAUUUCAGCUGAAGAAAGGGCCCAGCAACUAAGAAGUUUGGACCUCAAGACCACCCAGCCCUCUCUCCAGGCCACUGUGGCCCAAGGACGCUGUGCAGAGCGCCGGGGAGGACUGAGGGAUGCUGCCGAGCAUGAGGAACGUGCUCGGGGCCUGAGACCGGGGCUGGCUACAGGGCUGGGUGCUUGGCAGGACACAAACACAUACCCCACGGAUUCUGCCAGGGCUUUGGUGGAUUCUUCAGACACAAAGACAUGGCAGGCAAACCGGUGGUCGGCAGGGUGCUUGGUGAUGAACCCAAAAUACCUGUGGGAGGACAGCAGUCUGUCUGGGCAGGACAGGGGCUCAGAACCCUCAGGCACACGCGUGGACCCACGCCCUGAACCACCACCCACGCCUUGACCUCUUCCCCAUCGUGUUCUUACUUGUUGUUCUUUGGAUGGUAUCCGCAGAAAGAGAUGUUUUUUAACUGGAAAAAGUGGCUACAUUUAUUCCCCUACAGGAGGGAGGAGAGAAGAGGGUGGUCAUCAGCCUGCAGGGGCACAGGUUGGAGGUCUGGCGGGAGAGCGGGGCCAGGCCGGGGCAGUCACCUUGGCCUCCUGGGAGUCGUCAGCCUUGACGCCUAUCUUCACGCCCCGCACGCUGAUCUCUAGGACGCAGCUGGAGGGCGGGUUAAAGUGCA